CUGUGCCGGACCCGGAUGUACGCGCGCCCCGCCUCCUCGGGGCCGCCCUCCUCAGCCUCCUCAGCCUCCUCAGCCUCCUCAGCCUCCUCAGCCUCUUCAGCCUCCUCAGCCUCAGGGGCAGGACCCAGGCGGCGCGGCGCGGCGCGGUCGGGGUCGGCCCCCGCGGGGGGUCCGCCUCCUGCUGUGGCCUGGCCCACCCUCGAAGGAUGGAAGAGAUGCACUGCCAAGCACAGAAUCUGGUUCACCCUGGAGGCUCGGGAAACACCUGUUGCCAGCCUUGGGAGUCCCUGCCUCAGGAAUGUGGAGCAGCCCAGUGGCUCUGUCUUGAGGAGCCAGGCUGGCCCUGAGUCAGAGCUGGAGACUCCUGACUGCAGUUUCAAGAAGGUUGCAGUUGGGGGUGAGGAAUGAAGUUCUGUCAUCUUCUCAAGAGCCCGAGGAUUUAGUUUAUCAAAUCCCUUUCUAGUAUGUUGGGAUGUUUUCUGGGGUAUCUGGAUCUGAAAUGGGAUUUCACUUGGAGGAGCUAUAUAAGGCUUUCAUAAUUAAAAACAAAAAAAUUCACUAAAAAAUCAGAAUUGUAGAGCACUGGCUAGCUCAUUGGGAAGAGCAUGUGAAUCUUGAUCUCAGGGUCAUGAGUCCAAGCCCCAUGUUGAGUGUAGAGGUUACUUAAAUAAACUUUAGAAAAAUAAAAUAUUUUUAAAAAUCAGAA